AUGAAUCAACCGGCCGCACACACGCCCCUCGAGUCGCUGUUCCUGUUCCAGUCGCUGCUUUCCCACGGAGUCGACAGCGGGGCGUUUGCGCGCAUCUCGGAGCUGCUCAAGGGGAAUGCGCUCAUCAAGAACGGCAACACUUAUGAUGCCGCGCGUCUAGCCCCCGAGGCGCUGCAGCAGCUCUUCCACCGGCUGCUGCGAGAAGAGAUUAAGGGCGAUGCGGAUCGUGCUGAAGGAGGAGCGGCGGGAGGCGGCGAUGGGUUGGGGUCGCCUGGGUCGCGUAAGAGGAAGCUGGGCAGCCCGCCGCUGAUGACGCUCAAGGAGAUCUACGAGAAUGUCGAUCGCAUUCCGGGUAUGAUCGAUCGAAUGUACGUACAAUAUCGAGAACACACGGCCGGGUUGAUUCGCGAGGACGAACGCAGAUGCGCAAUACUGCAGAGAGAGAUUCAAUUGCUGGAGCGGAGCGAGAAGGAGAGACUUGCCAAGGUGGCAGCGAGCCAGAAUGUCACGCCGACUCUGGCUCCACGAGAUCCAAGGGCAGCGGCGGCGGCGGCGGCGACAACGACAACACCGUCAUUGACAGUACCAAUUCCAUCACCGAUGCCUCCUUCGAAUGGGGCUACUCCUUCUCCAGCGCAGACACCAACUGUCCCAGCAGGCAUCAGAAAGGGACCGACUCCCAAUACGCCUGUCCCACCGCCGAAGCCCCUGGUAUCUGGCGUUGCAGCGCCCAAGGUCACCCUACCGACGCAAUUGGCAUCUGCAACACCACCACCUCGACAGGGCGUCUCGCCGAAGCCACCAAAUGGAACUUCUUCUGUGCUUCAGGCACCGGCUGGAAUUCCCACGCCACAACCAACCUCCCAGGUGUUGCAACCGCCGACGCAGCAACCGCCGAAACAGAUUCUCUCCCCCCGACCAGAGGCUACUGGCCCGCAGCCCCCAAUUGCUCCAGGAGCAGCCCCUGCUCAGGCUGGGUCGUUGAAAUGGGAGAAGCCUUAUCAACCUCCGCAAACAACGCCAGGUCUCCCAGCCGAACAAUUCUCGCCACCGAUUCUCUCUUCUCCAGGCAAUGCAGCUCUUCAAAAGGCGCCGCCGCCACAGCAGCAACAGCAGCAGCAGCAGCCUCCACCACCGCAGCAACAAUGGCAACGACAGCCAGUAUCUCAUCCACAGCAUCCACAGCAGCAGCAUAUUCAGUAUCCUCCACAACCGCCACACGGACAAGUGGCACAUUCACCACAGCCACAGCCACAGCCGCAACAGCAACAGCAACAGCCACAGCCGCAGCAACAGCAACAGCAACAGCCACAGCAACAGCAACAGGCUCGACCACCCGCAGCAAAACCUGUCCUGGUUCCUCCACAACCUGCAGGCCAACUGGCUCCCCCUGCCCUACAGCCAGGACCUCCUCGUCCAACCGGGCCAGGGGCUACACAGCAAGUUCGGCCGCCAACAACACCCUCAGCCCCAACAGGUCGUCCUAUCCAACCUCAACAGCCCCAGCUUCACCAUCAGCAAGCGCAACAGGGUCAACAAACAACUCCUCAGCAUCCGCAUAUCCAGAGGGCGGUGCAGGCCCAGCCAUCCUUACUGGCUCAGAAAUUCCAGCAUAUACCGAGAAUCCAGACUCCACGGGCCAUUGCCUCCGCAACUCCUGCCAAAACAUCACCUUCGGUAACCGCCGCUGGAUCUCCCAUCCCCAACAAGGGGACCCCUGGAGUUGUCGCAACGCAGCGAUGGCAACCAGGUGCUCCCUCAGCGCAACAGGGAGCCCGGGCGAUGCCCUCUGCUUCUCCUACCGCCAAACCGUAUGUUGCUCAACCUCCACGUCCUGCUAUCCCAGAGCAUAUGAUUCGGCAAGCGGCUUCUCCAGGGCCUGCCAGGCGUCUUAGUCCUGCGUCUCCUGCGCCACGGACGCCAGCACCAUCUAGUCCUGUCUCUCUUAAACGCGGGUUUGGAACGAAAUGGGCAUCUCACUCGACACCAUCCACUCCUGGUCCGAUAACAUCAGAACCGGAGAGCCCGGCCUACGAACCCGUCAGCCCUCCGUUGCCGCGUCCCGCCGUCACAAAGGACUCUGCAGCCAAGGCAGUCCCUAAGCUCGCCGCCUCGAAACCCACUGCUAAAGUCGAGGCCACCCCCCCAGCAAAGGCACCUCGAGGUCGACCACCACGUUCGGUGCAGAGAAGCCGUGGUCCGAGCGCGACGCCGUCCGCCACGGGCACAAGGAGAAGCCAAUCUGUGAUUUCCCAAACCGAUGAGCUCUCACUAGAUCAUUCCGUGACCAAGGUAAAGAAGGAGGUUGCAACGCCGCGGCUUCGAGAAGAAACCGGCGACACAACUGCGGAUGAGAGCAUGCCAGGACGUGGCCUGAUGGCUACACCCAGUAGUAUGACCCGUGCACCCAAGCGGAAGCGGCAGGAUACUCCUACUGACCUUCAAGGCCCUCCAACGCAUGUGUUGUGGACGCGAGGAUUCACAAAGGUGUCCUCGUCGGCCCUCGACCAGAUAUCGAGCCAUCGCGACGCCAACAUGUUCGCGACAGCGCUGCGAGAAAAGGACGCGCCGAACUAUAGGCAAAUAGUAUUGCAGCCGCAAGACAUCACCUCGAUCCGCUCUGCCAUCAAGGCAGGCAACAAAGCGGCGCUCCAGGCGGCGGCUAGUCUGCCGGGUGGCGAUCCGGGCACGGCGAGCGUCUGGCUGCCCAUCUCCGAGGAUCUCGUCCCUCCGAAAGGCAUCAUCAAUAGCGCUCACCUCGAGCGUGAGCUGGUGCACAUGUUUUGCAAUGCAAUCAUGUACAACCCCGAUCCCGAUCGCGGUCCCGGACCGGCGUUUAUGAGAAGGUCCCAGAGCGACGAGGAAGAAGUUGUCGGCUAUCGGCUCGACGAGAACGGGGUGGUUAAGAACACGCAGAGCAUGUUUCUCGAGGUCGAGAAGCUACUGGGCGACUUGCGCGCGGCCGAAAAGGACAGGGGUAUUCCGCCGAUAUCCACGACGAGGCAAGGCAGCGUGGCCACGCCGGCGGAAGACACGGCCGAGGAGGAAGACGAGCUUGCCGGCGAUGGGGACUCGGCUUCGGCUUCGGGGACGGCCAAGAGGAGACGUAUCAGUACAAGGAGUUAG